AGAUUUCCCGCGAUUCAGCUUGGGUACGGAAGUGACAUCACAGAGCAAAAGGACUAUUUGUAAGCGUGGUGGGAGAUUGUCAACAUUUCCUCGAGUUCCCACCUCAUCUCUACUGUAUUACCACCCUCUAGUGACCUAAAUAUCUGUGGGGAUAACUUGCAGUUAGCUCUGGCCUGAAAGCUUUUCGCUACACUUUGCUGACCCCUCUGCUUAAAAGUGCUGGUCAAGUGAGGCGUCUGAGAAGAAUUAGACCAAGCUGACAGUUGGCAUAUUGGGACGGUGUUAUGUUUUGGCGGGAAAUCCCCGUCUCCGCUUGCCUCACCCUACCUCCACCCCGAGGGUAGACACAUUGCUUCUGUUCUCUUUAUCUUGGCGUUAUAUGUAUUUGUAUAUUUACUUGUAAAUGCAUGUCUUUUCUACAUAUACAGCUAUGUAUGGCAUUUUAUAAACUUUUACAUUUAUAAAAUCAAUGCAUUUUCAUGAGCAUGCUUAUGUGACAGGCAAAAGUAUAUUUUUACUUAGAACCUUCUGCUUUAUAUAUGCACACACACACACACACACUUGUGUGUGUAUGUAUAUAUGCUUUAUAAAUACACAUAUACAUAUGCAUAACUUUACAUAUUUUAGUCCCUCACACAUACACAGCUACAUUCACACAGAUAGACACAUAUAUCUAUAAACACAUAUCUUUGAUUAAAUACUCUAAUCUAUACAACCAUCUUAGAAGAUGGACAAUUUCCAAAAAGUGGAAAAAAUCGGGGAAGGAACUUAUGGUGUUGUUUAUAAAGCACGGGACAAGAUUACUGGACAGUUUGUAGCUUUGAAGAAGAUCAGGCUGGAUGCGGAAACAGAAGGGGUCCCCAGCACAGCAAUUCGAGAGAUUUCUUUACUUCGAGAGUUGACACACCACAAUGUUGUACAGCUGCUUGAUGUUGUACAGAGUGAUAAAAAGCUUUAUCUUGUCUUUGAAUAUCUUGACCAAGAUCUGAAGAAGUACAUGGACACAGCACCAGCAUCAGGACUUUCACCAGAAUUAAUAAAGAGUUAUAUGUACCAACUGCUCACAGGGAUCGCCUACAUUCAUGCCCACCGAGUCCUCCAUCGAGACUUAAAACCACAGAACUUGUUAAUUGAUGCUGAAGGGAAUAUAAAAUUGGCAGAUUUUGGUCUGGCGAGAGCUUUUGGAGUUCCUGUCAGGACUUACACACAUGAGGUUGUAACUCUUUGGUACCGAGCACCUGAAAUAUUACUUGGUAGUCGGUUUUAUUCCACACCAGUUGAUGUUUGGAGUCUAGGCUGUAUAUUUGUGGAAAUGAUAACAAGAAUGGCAUUGUUUCCUGGAGAUUCUGAGAUUGAUCAACUAUUCCGAAUAUUCCGAACAUUAGGUACACCAGAUGAGAAUACUUGGCGUGGAGUAUCCAGUUUGCCAGAUUACAAAUCUUCUUUUCCACGUUGGCCAAUCCAGAACAUGGAUCACCUAAUACCAAGGCUGGAGAAUGAUGGAAUUGACUUGCUCAAUAAUAUGUUGCGUUAUGAACCUAAGAACCGCAUCACGGCCAGACUGGCACUUCUUCACCCCUACUUCAAUGAUGUGCGGAAACAUAAACCUGUGAUUGUCUGAGAAGAACUUCAGAAGGAAUUAUUUUUUGUUGAAUUUUCAUUCUUCAAAUUAUUUCUUUUUUUUUUGUGUAUUUAUUUUCUCUCUCUCUCUCUUUCUCUCUCUCUCUCUCUCUCUCUCUGCUUUAUGUCCUUUAAAAUAUCAGGAACUUUUCUUGUUUUUAAAAUAGUUCAAUGUUGAAUGGUAGGAAAGUCAACUUGUAAUAAUUCUUUUUCCAUUUGUGGAUUGAAGUGUUGGGAGAUUGUUCUAUUUUCCAAAAUUUGGGACUUUUUUUUUCUUUUAAUAAGAUAACAAUUAACAGUUUCUCUUCUGUUAGUCAUUGGGAAGAGUACUUUGGGUUAUCUGCAAGUUUGAUUUCUUAAAAUUAUAUUCUUUUGCACUAUUAACUUCAUUUUUACAGUGCCUAUGUACAAUUUUAUUUCUACAUUGUUUCAAUGCCAUAGAUCUCUGAUCAUUAUUACUUCAAUUCUUAUUUCUCAAUAUAGAUACAAACUAGGAACCUUUUCUCUAAUCUUACAGUAAUUAUCUCUUUUGCAUAUUCUUUCUUUGAAUCCCAUCUACCAAUGCUAUAUUUAUAUUUAGGAAUAAAACACCCGAUAACUGGAGAUCAAACUGAUUAAAAUAUGUGGAUUUAAAUGGAAAGUUAACUGUGUGAAAUAUAAAGUACUGUCAUGCAUUUAGUUUCUCUCAAUAAGCUUUAUUUCUUCAUAUCUGAAAUCUCCUGCUUUCUAAAUUUUUAUUUGGAUCCUAUUUUUAGAUUGACAGGAGAAAGUGUAAAGGCUUAUAUUGUUUGAAUCUCAACUAGUUUACUUGAAUUUUCAACCGUUGUCCUUUGAAAGACAGUUGUAGGCUUCACUAUUUCUGUUAACAAACAUAAAAUGAAAUGUUUCAGAAUACUGCAGGUUCCUGAAAUUCUUGGUCUUAAACUGAAGAGUUACUGUAAUAGGUCUUAGGCCAGAACAUUUUAUAAAAUAAAAAGCUAGAUUAAGUGAUAUCAAUAAACUAAUUAUUUUGACCAGUAAAUUUGCCUGUAAAUUAGGUUGUAAAAAAAAAAGCAACUCUGUUUAUCAAAUCUUACCUCUCUGAAGUACUUAACUUUUGGAAUUUAAAGUUUCUUUACAUAUUAAUAAUUUCAACAAUGAAUUUUCCCAAAUAUUAAUCAUUAUGAUAAUGACGAUGUUAAUGAUGAGUAUGGUGCUAGAGUAAAAUAUGCAUUUAUUAAAAGUCAAAUUAAUAAUAUGAUGAUGAUGGUUGAAGGGAACCAAUUUAAUGUAAUGUUUGUUUGUUUAAUGUCAUGAAUGGAUGAGCUUUUUAUAUGCUUCAAUAUAUUUUUUGGUCCAUCAGAUGUUAACAUUGUUGUGCUCACUGAAUCAAAAUCUCAUUCGCUCACAUAAUAUCAUUCAGGAAAGGCAUGAAUAUCAUAACUUCAUGCUUUUUUUCUCUCCUUGUUAUAAAUUAGAAGCUGUUUACCUCUUAACUGUUGUGGUCAAUUUCCUAAAAUUCCAACCACUUUGUGGUCCCAGCAGACAAAAUGGAAAAAGGGUUGUCCUGGAGGAUGGUGAAGGAGAUGAGCUUUGAACAGCCAUUCUGACUCACAGGCCUCACAGCGAUUCAGUGUAGUCAUAGAUCUUGUAAGAAUAUGUGAGAGUCUCUCAUAGUUUGAGGCUUGGGUUGCAUACAAGGUAAUGUACCCUUAACCCUGGGGCACUCAAAUUAUUCUGUCAAAUGUAGGAUAGGUGUGAGAGGCUGGAUCUAGCCAGUUUUAACAUAAAAUAUUUGAGCCAGAUACAGCUGAUUUAAAUGCUAAAGGGUUAACAUAAUAUUUAUUAAGUAACUAAAAGAGAGUUUUCAGGCGCAGGAGUGGCUGUGUGGUAAGUAGCUUGCUUACCAACCACAUGGUUCUGGGUUCAGUCCCACUGCGUGGCACAUUGGGCAAGUGUCUUCUACUAUAGCCUCGGGCCAACCAAAGCCUUGUGAGUGGAUUUGGUAGACGGAAACUGAAAGAAGACUAUCGUAUAUAUGUAUAUAUGUAUGUGUGUGUAUAUGUUUGUGUGUCUG